CCCGGCCCGGCGCGGGGGGGUUUGGACAAGAUGGCUGGCUCCACAGGAAGAAUAGCUUUUUGCUAAAUGAGUGUGCCAGUGCAGCUAAUUGAGGAGUCCAAUCAGUGCAAGAGUGGGAGGGGGGACCUCUACUGGCAGUGAGCAGCUGAGCUCAGCUGCAUGGGAAGGCAACAGCAGUUAAAGUACCUCGUAAUUUUCGCUUGUUGGAAGAACUUGAAGAAGGGCAGAAGGGAGUAGGUGAUGGUACAGUAAGCUGGGGCCUUGAAGAUGAUGAAGAUAUGACACUCACCAGGUGGACAGGCAUGAUUAUUGGGCCACCGAGGACAAACUAUGAAAACAGAAUAUACAGUCUGAAAGUAGAGUGUGGACCUAAAUAUCCAGAAGCACCUCCUACAGUUAGAUUUGUAACUAAAAUUAAUAUGAAUGGAAUAAAUAAUUCCAAUGGAAUGGUGGAUGCACGGAGCAUACCAGUGUUAGCAAAAUGGCAAAAUUCUUAUAGCAUUAAAGUUGUACUUCAAGAGCUAAGACGUCUAAUGAUGUCCAAAGAAAAUAUGAAGCUUCCACAACCUCCAGAAGGACAAACUUACAACAAUUAAUUUUAGCUGAUUCUCAAACUUCUGUCUUAAAACAACAACCUUCUACUCAUGUUAAUGUCUUGAUUAAAUCUCACAAUGCAAACACCCACACAUUAAAAGAAUUUCAGCUGGUAUACAUGACCUGGACAUUUGUAAGAAUAUAUAUAAUAUAUGUAUGCCCAAUAUGUUUUCAGGCACUGGGAGAAAAAGGCAGCACAAUUAUUUUUUUCUCUUACCAAGGCACUGUCAUUUAAGCAUAAGCCUGGAAUAGCCUAAAAUUGGAAUUCAGGUUUUACAAGAUGAAAGCAUGACAGGAAGUGUCAGAUUGCUGUGGAAUAAUAUAUGUUUCUGAAAAUAAUCUCUUGAGAAGGCAAAAUAUAAAUGGCAUGCUUUAUCCAUCUUGCUUAGUAAAAGAGCUGCAGUUAAAAUUUGUUUUAAAGUAGCAGGUACAGUGAAUACCGUUGCUCAUCUUGUUUAAUUUUGCAAGGGUGUGGGUACCGACUACUAGUAGUGUCACAAAGUAUGUUCAGGAUUGUUUUGAUACCUGUAUUUAUAAAAUGGGGGGAUUAAUUUCUGUUAAGCAGCUCCUGUGUGUUACAUGUAUUGGACAUGGCAAAUAUUUGUUUACAGUCUUUGUUCUAAUAAACCAUGCAUUUAAGUUUUAGUGAAACAAAGGAAAUGUAUGGAUAUGUGAUUGAGAUUAAAGUUAGUCUUAAAAUGUAAAUAAAAUGUGGAAAGUGUCUGAGGCUGUGCCAUUUCUAUAACAGUGAUGUAUUAUAUGUACAGUAACUUGCAGAAGUAGUGGAAAGCCAAACAUAAUAUUGCUGCUGGUUUUACAUGCACCUUCUAUUCUUACAUUUUGUAUGCUUAGUUUACUUUAGAGGUCAAGGUAUUUCUUUUGCUGCAGAGUAACGUCUGUCAUCUCUGCUGCCACUUCUUUAUACAAACUUGCACUGUGCAUGUAAAGAAAAACAAAAAACCAAACAGCCUCCCCUCCUCAAACCAAAAGCAAAUAUCUCAUCUAUCAGAUCCCCCUACGCCUCCCCUCCAGAAUCUUUUGAGAAAUGAGCACAACUUUCAAGUGACUUACUUGACCUCUGAGCAGUUUUCAGACCGCACUUCUGAAGUCUCUCAGGUCUCUGUCGUGCUUUGGCAGUUAUUACCUCGAUUCAUGCAUUCUUGCAUCUUUCUUUCUUUUAUGUUUCUUUCCUUUUUUUCUUGUCCCACCUUUGCUACUUCUCAAACACACACAAAAACAAUCUUCUGGAAGCUUUAAUAAAAAACCCACACGUACCACAGAUCAUCAUAUCUCCAUCUGCUUUUCAUGUAUUGUGUUUCUCACUGUCCUUCUACUUAGAAUGCCUGUUGCCUCUUAAAAAUGUUGGUCUGUGUUUUCAAUAUUUUUUUUUUUUUUCUGCUGAGAUCGUUGGUUUGGGUUCUGUUACUGAUUUCUCAUAAGAAAGUAAGCUAGCAGUGUCCUGUUGGAAAUGAGAUCCCUCUUGGAAAAUGUAAGUGUUUGUUUAUUGUGGUGAGAACAUUUAACAGUGGGAAUAAGCUGACUAUUUGCAUUCAAGGUUUUAUUCUUUCAAAAAAGUGAAUUUAAUCAAAAGCCAUCAACAGCCAGGUAACUUUGUUUGAUAUGCCUUUGCCAGUCUCACAUGUAAAGAACCUCUAAAAGCAAUAAACUAGACGUUCUUUGCUUUCAA